CUCCUUUCAGCUCAUAUUUAAAUGGUGAAGAUAGUUCAACUUAAUUACGAAGAGAUUAAAUCCUUUUUUACUUAGUGACCAAAUUCCUGUUAUUGUAACCUUCCCUCUAGGCUUAGAGGCAGGAAUUUUUGUCUUCCUCUAGAUUGACAACUGACAGAUUGAAAAUCCUCAGAGGUCCCCAACACUUCAUUAAUUACAUCCUUUUUGAUCUAACACACACACUUUGUUUUCAGAAAGUUCGGGAGCCUUGAGGAGGAGGAGGAAUAGGACAGAAGGAGGAGGAGAGAGAGGAAUCCUUUUAGAAUCUGUAAAGAACACUGUAAACAGGAAGAUUGGAAAGCUUGACUUGUGCAUUUCAGGAAAAGGAGCAUGAGACAAUAAGGAAUUCAGGAAAAAGGUAGAAUGGAAGAAUCUCACUUCAAUUCUUCCCCGUACUUCUGGCCAGCAGUUCCCACAGUCUCAGGACAGAUAGAAAACACGAUGUUUAUCAACAAGAUGAAGGAUCAGCUAUUACCAGAGAAAGGCUGUGGUCUGGCACCACCUCACUAUCCAACCCUGCUAACAGUGCCUGCCUCAGUACCCCUGCCAUCAGGCAUCAGCAUGGAUGCUGAUACCAAGCCAGAUCAACUGACACCACAUAGCCAGGCUUCAGUCACUCAGAACAUCACUGUGGUGCCUGUGCCAUCCACAGGACUAAUGACUGCUGGUCCAGGCUUGGUGAUCACAUCCCCUUCAGGCUCUCUAGUGACUACAGCCUCCUCAGCUCAGACCUUCCCCAUCUCAGCUCCCAUGAUUGUGUCAGCCCUUCCCCCUGGCUCCCAAGCCCUGCAGGUGGUCCCUGACCUCUCCAAGAAGGUGGCAUCAGCUCUGGCAGAAGAAGGGGGCGGGGGAGGUGGGGGUGGUGGGGGUGGUGGCACUGUGGCUUCCAAGCCUCCCCGGGGCCGAAAGAAGAAGCGGAUGCAGGAAUCAGGGCUGCCUGAGAUGAAUGACCCUUAUGUGCUCUCCCCUGAGGAUGACGAAGACCAUCAGAAGGAUGGCAAGACCUACAGGAGCCAGGGAAACUGCGGCACAGGAAAUGGACAGAGCCCUGGGCUCAUGGAUUCAGGCUCCACCACCAACUUGCUGUGUGACCCUGGGUGCCGGAUGUGUUCGCUGACCUUCUAUUCCAAGUCGGAGAUGCAAAUCCACUCCAAGUCACACACAGAGACCAAGCCCCACAAGUGCCCGCACUGUUCUAAGACCUUCGCCAACAGCUCCUACUUGGCCCAGCACAUCCGUAUCCACUCAGGGGCCAAGCCCUACACCUGUUCCUACUGCCAGAAGGCCUUCCGCCAGCUCUCCCACCUCCAGCAGCACACACGGAUCCACUCCAAGCUGCACACGGAGACUGUCAAGCCCCACAAGUGCCCGCACUGCUCCAAGACCUUCGCCAACAGCUCCUACCUGGCCCAGCACCUCCGUAUCCAUUCGGGGGCCAAGCCUUACACCUGUUCCUACUGCCAGAAGGCCUUCCGCCAGCUCUCCCACCUUCAGCAGCACACACGAAUCCAUACUGGAGACAGACCAUACAAAUGUGCACACCCAGGCUGUGAAAAAGCCUUUACUCAGCUCUCCAACUUGCAGUCCCACAGACGGCAGCACAACAAAGAUAAACCCUUCAAGUGCCACAAUUGUCAUCGAGCGUAUACAGAUGCUGCCUCAUUAGAGGUACAUCUAUCUACACAUACAGUGAAGCAUGCUAAAGUGUAUACCUGUUCCAUCUGCAGUCGUGCAUACACAUCGGAGACAUAUCUGAUGAAACACAUGCGAAAACACAAUGCUCCAGAUCUCCAGCAGCAGCAGGUAUCAGCAGUAUCAGCAGCAGCUGCAGCAGCAGCAGCAGUGGCCCAAGCUCAGGCUCAGGCUCAGGCUCAAGCUUCCCAGGCCUCCCAGCAACAGCAGCAGCAGCAACAGCAGCAGCAGCAGCAACAGCACUUCCAGCCUCCUGGGGCAGCCCCCCAAGGUGGGGGUGGUGGGGACAGCAAUCCUAAUCCUCCACCCCAGUGUUCCUUUGACCUGACCUCCUACAAGACAGCUGAGCACCAUAAGGACAUUUGCCUCACAGUUACCACCAGCACCAUCCAGGUGGAGCACUUGGCCAGCUCCUAGAGACCUGAUUCCACCUGACUGAGGGAAGAGAAGAGGUCCCAUGUCUGUCCUCCCAACCUGCACCCCCACCAUCACUCCCUUUCCCUCCUGGCAAGUGGCAGGAUUUGGCUCUACUUUCUUGGGCCUUUGGCUUCAGCUUCCCACAAAGGACACCACCUUGCUCAAAGAGCAACAACUCUUUGGGUCUUAAAAGGAACUGAGUUGCUGAGUGGGGCCCAACUGUAUUCCCUACAAUCAUAUGGUGAAAGGGCUAUGAAAGUAUAGUGGGGAAGAAGGUGGGGAGUAUUUAAGGAAGAGGCUUUCUUAUGGCCUCCUUGACACAUGCCAAACCUGAGAUCUUCUCCUCCCUAUACUCCCCACUUCAAGAGUUGGGUUAAUUCUUAGCAAAAGAGAAAAGACCAAAAGGUUGACCUCUCUGAGCUACUGGAAAAGAAAAAUUCCUAAAUCCAGUCCCUUGCCCUGUUUUCACAUACAAAAGGACAAGUUCAUUUUGUUCUCUAAUUUGGCCUCUGCUCUUGCUCUGCCUGAAGUGGUGGGAGGGAGAUUUGUACUGGGAGGGAGGAGGCUGGAGUUAAGACCUCUUGGUAUGAAUCUCUGGAUUACUAAGGGACAGAGGCUGUGGUCCCCAAGGGGCCAAAGAUUCCCCAUAUGGUUUAAAAAAAAAAAAAAAAAAAGGAAGGGAAGAGUUUUCCUUGAAAUAUUGGUCCCUCUCCUCCCCCUUCCUCAGUCAUUCUUUGGUUCCCCCAACCAAUCCUUUCCCCUUUUGGCCAAAGCCUUGUUCUCAGAGGCUUUCCCCAUCCUUAGGCCCUGAGAAUCACCCAGUCCCAAGGAGUUUCAGGACAUUUGUGUUCUUUAUGAAACCCAAAGCAAAAGGGACUAUAGAGAAGGGAGAGUUUGGACUGGACUUAGAUCCCUGAGGUAUUGGGGCCAUUUGAAUGGGACAUGGAUUUAUAUAUAAAUAUAUAUAUAUAAAUAUAUAUAUAUAUACACCCACUUACCACGGCCAUCUUUGUAACCGUUUCUUUGUUGUUUAUAAAUGCAUUAUCUCUGAGAAUUUUCAUUUUCAAUUUUUUUUUUCAUUUAUCUCAUGUAUUUUUUUUGGCUAUUUUUUCUUUACACGUUUUCAUCUCUGACCAUGGUAUUUUUAUUUUAUUUUGUCUUUUAAAAAAAAAUCAUGGCAAAUUUCAGAGAAGAAAAGAUGCAACAAAUCAGGAAAACAGUUGUUAUAAAGCAAUUUAAACAUGGGGGAGGGGGGAGAAAAAAGAUGUACAAAACAAGGGGUGUUUUUAGAAUAUUGUAUAGAAAUAAAUUCAUGUAAAAGGA